CAACGGAUAAAUAAAAUUAUUGAUUAGAUUGCAGGAGGAAUGUGGCGUCGCAAUGUACGUAGAUUUACAUGCACAUUCCCGAAAACACAACGUUUUCAUUUAUGGAUGUGAGAGUCGUAAAACUAGUGAUAAACGCCUACAAGAGCAAGUAUUUCCACUUAUGCUCCAUAAAAAUGCAGCAGAUAAAUUUUCUUUCGAAAAUUGUAAAUUUCGAAUUCAGCGUAGUAAAGAAGGGACUGGUCGGGUAGUAGUUUGGAUGUUAGGCGUAGCGAACAGUUACACAAUGGAAGCAUCAUUCGGUGGUUCAGAAUUGGGCAGCAGGAUGUCGACACACUUCACCACUCAAGAUUUCGAAAGUUUAGGAAAAACAUUCUGUGAAACACUUUUAGAUUUCUAUGAUGAGGACCCCAGUAAAGAAAGACUGAGAACAAAAAUUGUGACUAGACUCUUGCAAGAAGGUUCUAAUGCAGAUGAACCGACGAAUAUUGAUUUAUCAGACUAUUCCAGGUACUUAAUGAUUUAGGGAUCAAUUAAGUAUUUAUUUAUGUAAAAUUCAUACUAAUGUUCAAUGUUCUGUGUUUGAUUAGCGAUGAAGGAGAUACAUCUAGUAGUAGUUCAGAGGCUGGUGCGAAUAAAGAAGCUAUAGAUAUGUCACAGCCUGCACCUCCACCAUCACCACUUUUACCAGAUAUAAAUAGAAACAUCGCUGAGGUAUACAGUUUAAUUAAAUAAACGUCGAUUUUUAGACCUCGUAAACCCCUAAAAUCAGUUUUCGUUUAUAUCAAUCCCUAAAAAAACCAAUUUCGAAGAGAUCUAUACCGAUGGUACAAAACCUAGGUCAAAUUAAAUAUCUUUAAAAAAAUAUUAAUUUCUAUUAAAUAUUUUUACCGUCUGUCUUGCAGGUUUUAAGAAAACCUCGGCCGAAAUUAGAAAAAUUAAAAAGAAUCGAGAGAAAAAAUCCCAAGCGGGAAACUUUGCAGGUUAGAUUUUUUACCGGCGAUAAUAUUUUCUUACAACCUGUUUAAUUUGUCAUGAAGCAACGAAUUACUUCAUGACAAAUUAAACAGGUUGUAAGAAUCAUUAUAUUAUAGGUAUCCAGGGCAACGAUAGACUUAACCUCGGACGCGAUGACUGACGCUUCUUCAGAUGGUGAAUCAGUAGAAGAAAAUCUUAGUCAAAUCAGAAAAGUUCACAAGCUACUGCAUUCAUCCUCUAAAUCAAAACCUAGGCGUAAAAAGAAAAUGCCACCAGAGUUAAAAAUUAUACCAGCACAAACUAGUGACUCACCAUACCAUUCUGACUAUGAAAAGAAAGUAUCUAAAUCUAUACGACCUCGAAGUGUAUCGAUGUUCAAUGAAGCAAUUGAGAAACCUAAACUGAAACCUGCUUCAUGGCACAGAUUUAGAGGUCUACCCCCACCAAAGCACAUAUCCGAUGUCAAGAACAAAAACACACAGCCUACAGAAUUACAAGUAAAACUUAACUCAUUGAAGAGAAAUGUCUGGUCAGGUAUGCCAAGUGAAGAAAAAGGACCAUUAUCUUGGGGAAUCUCUAGUUUUGCAAUGAACUCUUAUUUUACAGAUAGUGAGGCGUUACUCAGAUCAUGUUCACAAAAGCUAGAGGAGCUAAAAGGAGAAAGAAAAAAGAGUAAAGAAGAAAAGAAGAAAAAGAAAAUUAAAAAGAAUCAUUUAAAAGUGCCAAAUGUUGCUGAGAAUGUCAUAGAUCCUUUAAAUAAACUUAAAUCUUCCAAGAAAAAAGGAAAGUUUAAACACUCCAAAUCAGAAAAUUCUCCUUACAUGAACAAUCCAAGUUUCACAGAUAUACCAAUAAAAAAUGUUACAUCACUAAUACAGAAAACUAGCCCAAAUGAAGGCAAACAAGCGAAAAGUCGUUUCAGGAAGGGUGCUAUAGUAACUACAGCAAUUCAAUCAAAGAAAAAUGGUAAUAAGAUGAAUCAUCUGAUUACAUCUGAGAAUUCAGAUUCAGAAGACUCAAGUCAAUUUAUGAAAAACAUCAAAAAGAAAACGAAAAUGUCAAAACCAAAUCUAAGAAAACAUAGAAUAUAA